CAGUCAGAAACCGCGAUUGAUGUGGACACAAGAACAAGUGAUAAAAACAGAGAACCAUGCACAUUUAUCUAGUGCUACUAUGUUUGCUGAGUGUUGUGCGUGUCACGCAGGGAUAUUCCCAGUUCCCCUGCGCAGAUCGUAAUGGACCAAGAUACUGUGCUAAAGCUAAACAGUGCAGACCAUGUGUUGCACUGAUGUGUAUGACCGAGAAGAACAGGGAUUUGUUUAAAUUGAUGUGUUGCGAUUCGGACGCCGCUCGGCAUUUAUGCAAUGGACUUUGUGAGAACUCCGGUUCUACAACUUUAAUUCGGUAUGACGCUGACAAGAAAGAACGUGCCCUAUUAUGCCCCGCUGACCAAAUUAUAUUUAAAUGUAAAAGUUGUCGCCCAUGCUCGGAGAUGAUGUGUUCAAAGGAUGUACUGAAGGAGGUGUUUAAACAACAAUGCUUUCCAAAGCUUAACUAUGACCAGCUUAAAUCAUCGGAAUGCAAGGAUCUGGCUCAUAAAUACAACAAGAGUACACUGUCCAUGGUUACAGAUGAUCUCAAACCGUCGAGUCCAGCUAAGAUAAGUGGGAUUACUACAUCGUCCGCCGUGGACAGCUACAAGCCUGAAACUUCAUCUUCUUCAAACCCUACCAAAACUCCUGCAUACCAGACUACAACGGAUGCAUUCUCGACUACAACAUCUUCAUAUCCGACAACAACAUCAGCAUAUCAGACCACAACGCCGGCCUACCAGACCACUUUUGAACAUUUUUAUAAUGGUCUCUUCGUUACCCUUGGUGUUAUCAGUGCACUGAUAGGGACUUUUUUUAGUUUAGCCGGAUUUAUAUUAUGUGAUAGGAAAUAUAAUAGAUCGGGAAUAUCGCUUUGGUGUUUGUCGCACUGCAAGUUGCCAGAUAAGAGGGAAGAAAAGAAUAAGGAGGAACAAGAACUAUUACUGUCGGAAAUUGAGAAAACGAAUGGUCUCCAGAAAGAAAUAACUGCCCUAAAGACGACAUUCGAUGAAAUGGUGAUUUCCAAGGAUAAAUCAACCAAGGAGCUAGAAUCUACGAUCAAAAAUCUUGAAGAAACAUUGCGGACGGAGCUGCACUCCUCACAGAAAGAGCUGGAAAAAGACCAUUUGAAGCAUGACCAAGCCCAGACACAACGAAUGGACAUCCUUAAAGAAGAGCUGCUUUCCUCACAGGUGAAUUUAAACGAUAAAUCAACCAAGCAGCUAGAAUCUACGAUCAACAAUCUUGCAAAUCUUGUAGAAACAUUGCGGACGGAGCUGCACUUCUCAAAGGAAGAGCAGAAACAAAACAACUUGAACCAAGAAGUUUUACACUUGUGGAUGAUGGAUAUUGUUCAGAAAUGUGAGGGUACCAAAGGACAACAUUGUGGUAACCUGCACCAAAAUCUGGAAAACGCUGAAGCCCAGCAACAUUAUGUGUUUAACACUGUUCGGAAUCGGAAGCGGGGCCAGUUCAUAAACCAACCAUCCGGUCCCCAGGAUUCUUAACCAAAUGCGCAUCAGUAAACAGACGCGUCUGCCUACUCAUGGCCGGAAACUGACACACACAGAGAAGUGGGUGCGACUAUUGAAGUGAAAGACAUCCUACCGAUGUCACCUGAACAGACUAAUUCACAAUCACACACUGUCGGACAAUUUAAAUAGCUUGUAUAAACUUUUAUGACAUAAUGAAUAGAUUGGAGCUCAAACUAUUUACCUUUUUGUGUAAGAUUUAUCAGUCGAUCAUUUUUAAGUACCCACUUUAUUUCACAGUCUGAUCAAUAGGAUUCAAAUAAAUAUAAUGUGUUACAUGUAGUAAAUAUGUAUUUAUUUUUUAACCAUUUACUGAUGAAACCAAUCUUAUUUCAUUUUUUUAAACGAUGAUAAUCUCUGUCAGCGUUUUCCGAUUGACGGCAAACAAUCAGGGUCAUUUUUUUUAGAUCCAUGACAUGUCGGGUCGACAUAACAGAAAAGGUGUCAUCUUAAAUUGUUCAUACAGAUGUUUUCCAUUACAUAGUAUAACUCUUUUAGUUGUCAACGUGAUUUCUCCCCAAUAUAUUAAUUUUAAAAAAAUCAGCAGUCAGCUGUUAUUAAUUGUAAUCAGGUAAAGCGGUAUUUAUCAGCAGAGACUAACCAAGUUAAUGGUAGUUAACAAAAUAUUAUGUCGACCACUAAAUGCUAAACGAUUGACAGUAUGGAAUGACAAAAAAUGGUUAUUCUUAGUUGUGUGUCAAACUUUUGUACUACUGUACUAAAUCUGAGCAUCGAAACCUACUGUAAUAUAUAAAACGCUCAAUUUGGAUUCUUGAGCGGGUGUUUCACUAUAUAUUUUGUACUUGAACGAAACAAAUAGACAAGAAAUUAUAAAAUUAUCUUUGUUUGUUAAAGAAGCUUUGUGGUUUAGGUGAUCACUUUUGUGUUUGGACGUUAAAAGUUAUUUCUGUUCAUACUCGCACUACUCGUUCAUAUUACUUAUAUUCAUAUGUCAUAUUUAAAACUUUGUAUUACCUAUUUAUCUACCAUGUUUGUGUUUAUAUAAUUAUGUGGUUACAAAGACAAACUGAGUUGUAUUUAUAAUCAUAUGUUAUUGUCUUUUUGUUUAUUAAAGUUAUUGAUUGAAUAUUGAACAUCAAUUGAAGUUGUAGAACAGGUAUGUUUUGAUUUAUUUGCAACUCUUAUUAGAUUCAUUCCAAACACUAAAUCUAAUAAUUCAAAAGCUAUUCCAGAUAUCAUGGGAUCAUAUUUGUCAAAGAUUAUGCCCCGUGAGUGCCGCUAUUUAAGGUACAUGUGUAGUGUAAAAUAGAGUGUUUUUAAUAACUUUUUCCUUGUUUAUUCCGAGAGUAAGUUCAGUGAUGCUUUUCAUAAUGAAAAUUUAUGAUAACACAGGCUCAAAACUUUUAUUUGCUAAGGCAGACUUUGUGGGCUUUUUUAUAAUUACAAACUAUAACCUAUUUGUUUUAUUAUUAUUUGUUUUAUCCUUUAAUAUCCUCAAAUCAAUGCAUACUAAUGUUGUCCGAAACUAUUCACAUAUAAUCAGUGGCUUACCGUUCAUUGUAUAUUACUUUUCACUGCACUUUCUUUUAUAUAACACGGUACACAAUGCUCGUUAUUAAAUUGGUAUAUUAAUCCGGGACUUCUAUUUUAUCACUAAGCCAGAUUUUCAAAAGAAAACAUUGCUGACGAAAGUAUAUUAUUUUGAUAGCGCCCGCAAUUUUUACAGCUGGUUAUGCACAGCGGACUUAUUUCAGUGUAUGAAUAUGGAUGUUUUUUUCUGACCAAAGUUGAAUGAAUUGUUUUAAAUGUCAUGAAUUGCUUGUUUAUGUCACUGAUAAAAAUACAUACUUCAUUUGAAGUGUUUACGCAGAAUAUUUUUGAUAUUGUUAAUACUGGUGCGUGUAACGUUUAAUGUUUUUAUAGCUUUUGAGUAAUUGUUGUAAAUGCGUCUUGUAUUAUAUGCAAUAAGCAUUUUGUUUUAACGCUUUCGCGAGUCUGUUGUCAUGUCAGGAAUGCUGGCGCUGACCAUUACGCAUUCAGUUUUUCCUGAAAGUAGGCUAUUGAUUGGUUGCAAGCAAGCUAUCAUAAUUGCCAGCGAUCAAUCAGUAUAUAAGUGAGAGCGCAUCAGUAUAUAAGUGAGAGCGAAUCAGUCUCUGUACCAGUUGCCAAGUUCAACAACUGCGACAUUUUGAAUCUAAAAAUAUACAUUCAUGAACUUUAUUCCUUUAAACAAAGUUCCGAAAGGUCAUCGAACGUAUUUAAUAAGCAAAAGCUAUUAAUACGAAGUGUAUAUUCCAAGUAAAUUAUUAGUCUUCUAAAUAUUAAAUAAUAAACAUGAUUUAAUAUUAACCUUAAAUGUAAGCAACUUGUCGUAGCUGGUGCGCGCGCAUGCCAUUUAUGCAGCGUAUUUAUAGAUGUUGAACUCGAUAUAAACGAGUAAAUAAACAAUACAGUUCCUCUUACGCAAUUUCUUAUGUGUCAAUAUGCUACAUAUAUAUCGAAUCAAUAAAGUUUUAACUAAUAA